GAUGUUGGACCAGGACGUUGCACUCCGGGCUGUCAACUACCUGAGCAGCGACCUGGAUUACGCCCCUUGGAGAGCCUUCCGCCGGGAACUGGGCUACGUGGACGACAUGUUGGAGCGUACGCCACUCUACGGAAUGUUUGAGGACUUCAUGAAGAAGACCGUCGACAUCCCCUUCACAACACUUGGUACCAACAUCACCGAGGAUAUGACGCCUAUCGAAAAGAUUGACAUAGCGCAGAUGGCGUCAGUGGCGUGUAAUUACGACUACAGCGACUGUGUGGAUACAUCAGUGAGACUGUUCUCCAUCUGGAUGGAAGAUGGAACUAACAAUCAAAUAUAUCCGGACCUGCGCAGUACGUUCUACUGUACGGCCGUGAGACACGGAGGUCUUGAACAAUGGGAGUUUGUCCACCAGAAGUAUCUCACGGAGCAGACCAGUUCUGAGAAGGACAGACUGAGACGAGCUUUGUCGUGCACAAGAGAACCCUGGCUACUACAGAGAGUUUUGGAAAUGUCCCUGAAUUCGGAUGAGGUGAAAGGCCAAGACGUCUUGUCCACUGUCACAUACGUGGCCAACAACCGCUGGGGGCGGGAGCUCGCCUGGGACUUUGUCAAACAUCACUUUGCUGAACUGGGUUCUGCGAUAACAACCCGAUCAGGACUGUACCGAAUAAUCCGGGAGAGUUCUGAGAAGUACAACACAGAGCAAGAGUACAAGAAGGUGGAGGACUUCAUGAACAGCGGCGAUGAUGUAUCCGAGGCGGGGACGGCGUUUAAGGAAGUUCUGGACAGAACAACAACAAACAUCAACUGGCUGAAGAAGAAUUACGGAGUGUUUGAGACAUGGCUCAAGUCUCAGAUAUAAACUCGCCUUAAAUGUCUUCCAGGUCACGGAUCUUGCAGUGUUAACAUUAAACGUGAAUCGCUAUGUGUCGAAUAAGUUUGUAACCUCAUGGGCGAAAGAAACCCACCUCGCUUUUUUAACAUGUCACAAAACAAACUCAGAUUUUGGAAAUUUAACAAUCAUAUUUGGAAAAAUUAAUGGAUUUACAACAUUCUGAAUGACGAAAGAGUAAACUACAGAUAUGAAUAAUCACUUAGUGUACGAUAAGAGAUUAAAAAAAUAAUUUUGGUGACGUUUCUUUCGCCCGUGAAUUUAUAUAUGUUACAGUCAAUGUGUAGAUCAUUGAAACUUGCGUGAUAUUUGCCAGCAAUUUGUACAUUCCUGAUUGAUUUAGGCGAUUUAUAGAAUACUUAAAUAUGUAAGUUUCAUUGAGUGACCAAACAAUUCGUCCGUGUAUUUGAGUGAUUGAAUGCAAAUUAUGAUGAGGAUAUUGCAGUUCUUAAGAUGUUGAAUUUCUUCGCCAAAUAGCUCAAAAUGAUAAGGUUUAAGAUAUAUUGAUACCCACUAUAUGUUCAUGUCUUUAUUGAAAUAAAAUGACAAGAAGUCCACUCUUAACCUAUG